CUUGACGAUGCAAAAUCGGCCACUCGUAAAAGAACGCGAUACACAUUCCCGCCUUCGCCCACGUCAUACCCCCGCGGCCCGACUGGAGGUCCUACUCCGGCUCCGCGCACGGGCCGCACGCGGUCCUCGCCGCAGCCUGGGCGGCUUCUAUCCUACUGUAUUGCGCUGUUACCGCGCUGGGCCGUCAGUUGGCGCGCGGGUCGCAUAACCCACGGGAGCGCGCAACAGCAGUAGUAAUAUCAUAGCAUCGGCGACGCCUGACACCGGCGGUGCCAUUGGGCCGGCCCACGCUGCCGUCAGGACCAGCCCAGCAGGGCAGUGCAAGCCGCAGAGUCACAGUCACCGAGGAGAGGUUCGCGCUAGCUAUGGGUGGCGAGGGACCGGACAAUGCCGCAGCGGCAACUGACGCCACCACAGCGCCGGCGCCGCAGCCCUCCGCGCCCAGCCUUGGCGCGGCGGCGGCAGACCAACGCGGCCGCGGCGCAGCUACUGGUGCCGCGGACAGCCAAGGAGCUGGCAGCGGCGCCGCCGACGGCAGCCUGGAGCUUGACACCGCUGUUGGCGCCCCUACUCAGCAGCAGGUCGCCGGUGGUGGCACAGCACCAGCCCCAGCGGCGACUACUGAUGACAGAACGGCGACUCAUCUAGACGUCGUCCAGGCCGCACACGCCGGCGGUAGCAGGACGCCAGCAGCACAACCGCAGCCAGCAGAAACGGCAGGGCCGAAGCCGGCAGGGCCGAAGCAGGCGGCGGAGCCGGCGGGUCCAGAAGUGACAGCGGCCCCGGAGGCAGCGGCAGCAGGGGCCCCGGCAUCGGCCGCCGCCACAGCCGCCGCCGCCUCCUCUACUCUGGCUGACGCACUGUUGCAGGUCCUGCCCGCGCCGCCACCCGUGCAGUGGGUGUCCAGCCUGCAGCUCCUGCGCCACCGGCUGAGCGCCGCGGCCGCGCACUCCGCCGCCGACACCGCCGCUGCUGCUGACAGCAGUGAUGGCGGUGAUGGUGAUGCAGGAGCGGCCACCAUCGCCGCCGACAGGGCUGCUGCUGAGGGUGCUGCUGCGGGUGCUGCUGAGGGUGCUGCUGGCGACGCGGCGGCCGCGGCACAGCUGCAGACGUCCCAGGCGCAAGAGGCGGCGCGUCAGGCGCGGCUGCAUGCAGUGGCUCAGCAGCUGUCGGCUGAGGCGGGCUGGCCGCUGGAGGUGGCACUGGCCUGGAUGCCGGAGCUGGUGGUGGCGGACGGCGCGAGCCGCGCGCGCUUCAGCUCCACACAGCAGCUGGGGCUGGUCGUGGACGUCUCCAUGGAUCACAAGGUGAUGCUGUGGUUCCAUGGCUGUGUGCCGACCGUCGUGCAGCAGAACGGCCAGGACAUCCGGGCGGGCGAGCUGGUGACCCUGCAGACCAUGCUCCGCGCACUGCAGCCCGUGCCGCCGCCACCGGCCGCGCCUCUGCAACCGCCACCGCCGCCGCAGCCGCAGCCGCCGCAGCAGCCACAUGCAGUGCUACAGCCGCAGCCGCCACAUGCAGUGCUACAGCCGCAGCCGGUGUCGCAGCCGGCGCCCGGGCUGGAGCCGCAGCAGCCGGAGCCGCAGCAGCAGUUGCUGCUACAGCCGCAGCCACUGCUGGCCGUGUCACCUGCCGCCUACGCCCACCUCAAUGACACGCCCUACCAGCAGCAGCACCACCAGGUGGACAGUCGCGGGACCCCUCGCGGCACAUCGCCACUGGAGGAGCAGCAGCCGGAGCAACAGCAGCGAGCAGAGCCGCAGCAACCGCCAGCGCAGCAGCAGCCGCAGGCGCAAGGUAGGGAGGAGGGGGAGGGGCCGGCGCCGCAGAAUCGUCAACUGCAGGGGGAUGCAGCCGCUGGAAUGCCCACCGUUCUCUCCAGCGACGCUGCCGGAGGCACCGCACCACGCGAGCCGCCGGCGCACCUGCAGCAGCAGCAGAAGCAGCAGCAACCGCCAGCGGCUCAGGCCCAGCAGGGCACUUCCAAUGACGGCGUCGCUGUGAAGGACAAGGGGGCCCAGCGGGGCGGCGGGCAGGAGCAUGAACAGACCCGCACACACCAUGCCCCCCACCGCCACGUCCACAACCGCCAUAACAAGCGCCAAGCCGCUGCAACCCCACAACAGCAGUCGCCGCAGCCGCGCGCUGCCCCGUCCCGCGCGAGCGAGGUCAGCGGCGGGCGCGGCCGCAAGCGGGGUGCGUUGCUGGACCAGCAGCAGCAACAGGAGGAGGAGGAGCAGCAGGGCCGGCGGGUGGUGCUGAAGGAGGAGGAGGAGGUCAGCAGCAGCCCACGGCCGCCGCACCUGCCCCUGACCGCCGGCCGCUGCGCCGCCUCCUCGCACGGCAGUGGCAACACGGCGGACGGCGGGGCGGCAGCUGGCGGCGGCGGCGGCAAUGGCGGCUCGGUGCGGCUCAACGGCGGCCCGGGAAACGAGGAGCGAGGUGGCGGCGGCGUUGAGUCCGCCGCCGCCACCACUGCUGCCGCCGCAGCCGCCCCAGCGGUCGCCGCGGCCGCGCCGCCUGCCAGCGCCGUUGGCGCCGGCGGGGUGGGUCCUGGUGGUGGUGAAGAACAGCAGCCGCCCUCACAAGCAGUACUGCCGCUGUCCGAGCGGACCGGUGCGGCUGCCGAUGCGCCCGCGGGUGAAGCCCAGGCAGGUGCAGGAGACGGAGGAGUCGAAGGAGGUGCAGGAGACGGAAGAGGCGAAGGGGGUGGAGGAGAUGGAGGAGAUGGUGGCUAUGGGUCACCACUGCGGGCGGCAGUAGCCGCAGGGGACGCCAAGGCUCCGUCCAGCCCCGUUGACAGCCGGGCCGCGCUGCAGCUGCCCUGGGCUGGCCACUCGGUGGCCGCCGGGCCGCCUGCUACUGCUGCUACUGCCGCUCCGGGCACCACUGCUACAGCCACGGCAGGGCACACUGCAGAGGCCGCCGGCAUGGGUGGCGGGCAGGAGGCCCCGUUGGUGACGCCUCAGCUGGUGCCGGUGUUCAUCACAGCUGGCGUCGGGCGCGGAAGCGAGGUCAGCGGGGGAGCAGCGGCGUCAAGGGGCAGUGACGGUGGUGGUGGAGUACUGCUCCACUACCUGCACCGCCCGUCAUCGCCCGGCAGCCGCCUGGAACUGAUGCAGCAGCAGCAGGCGCCCGAGCGGGGAGUUCUGGCGGCCGGCGUGGCGCCAGCCGCCGCCGCCGCCGCCACAGCACCAGUGGGCGCUGCCGGCGCCGGCGCCGCCACCAGUGGGUUUCAAGCCCCUGCUGCAGCUCAAAAGGAGAGGUCGCCGCCAGCUACUGCCUCCCCGCCUUCUGGCGGACAGCAGCAGCAGCGGGUGGGGACGGCGACAGCCCAGCAGGCGCUGCAGCAGGGCACGACAGAAGCCCUGAGCUCUGGCGCAGGCAUGGCAGCAGCGCCCGCCCCACAGCACCAUCACCCUGAGCAGCUACAGCUACAGCCGCCCGCCGCCGCUUCCACCCUGCCAGCACCCGCUGCCCCUCUUCCUGCUAUUGCCGCCCCUGCUGCUGCGGCGGUGCCGCCAGUGCCAUCGCUGGCGGCGGCGCAGCUAUCGCUGCAGCUAGGGCGGCUACAGCAGCUGAUGGAGUCCAAGCGACAGGCGUUCAUGGGCCUGCAGGCUGCGCAGGAGCAGUGCCAGCGCACACGUGCCGAUCUGGAGGAGAGGCUCCGUCGGGAGCAGCAGCACGCGGCGCAGGUGCUUCAGCAACUAGUGUCCACACACGGCGGCGGUGCGGGGGGCGAGCAGCAGGAGGAGGUCAGGGCGAGGUAUGGGCGGCAGCUGGGGCAGCAGCUGGCGAGCAGCUGCGCGCCGUGGCGGGAGCAGAUGGAGCGGUCGGAGGUGGUGGUGGAGCAGGUGAAGGCGCAGCAGCGUGGGCUGCUGUUUGAGAUGCAGCAGCUGCUACAGGCGCAGAUGCAGGUGCAGGUGCAGAUGACGGCCCAGGCGAUGCAGGCGCAAGCGCAGGCGCAGGCGCAGGUGUCAGGGCCGCAGCAACUUGCUGCUGAGACGGCGGCGGCCGGCACGGCGGGUGCGGGCUCGGUUAGCGGCGGCGUAAGCGGCGGCGUGGUUGGCUCGGGUGCGGAUGCCGCCGGCGCAGGAGCGCACGAGCUGCUACUGCAGCGAGCGCAGCAGGUACAGCAGGGCCAGACUCAGCCGCCGCUGCCUGUUGGUGCGGCGGGUACGGCAGCGGCGGGCGUGCUGCCGCUGAUCGUGCCCCGGGGCAAUCAUGUGUCUUCUGCGGGCACACCGCCACCGCCACAGGCGGCCGCUGCAGUGACGGGCGCUGAGGGAGCCCUGGGUCUCCAACAGCCACCGCCGCAGCCGCAGAUGCUGCAGCCGUCACCCUUGCUGCCGCAGCAGUUGCUGCAGGCACACCUUCCUCCACAGCAGCGGGACCCGCAGCAGGGGCAGCGAUUGCCAGCCAUGUUGCUGCCGCGACAGGCGUCAGCCCAGGAGCAACAACAGCAACAGCAACAGCUGCUAGCCUACGGCGGCAGCAGCGGCGCAGCCAAUGUGCCGCUGGCUGGCCAGCAGCAGCAGCAGCAACAGCCCGCGGGGUUCGUGCCAUGCGGCGUGCCGGCGAGUGGCACUGCUGCUUGGGCCGGCGUCAGCAGUGCCAGCGGCGGAGGCUCUCUCCUGUACGGCGGCGGUGGCCCACCUCUGCCGCUGCCGGCAUCUGCAAUGAUGGCUGCUGCUGGUGCUGGAGUGCCGGAUGGUGGCAUUGGCGCUGUGGGCAUGGGCGGCGGCGGCGGCGGCUUCUGCGGCGGCGGCGGAGGCGGCCUGCCAAGUGGCGCUACUGUGGCUGCAGGCGGUGGCGGCGGCGGCGGCGGAGGCGGCAUGGUUCCUCAGCAGGGCCCUGGCGCCGCGCCGCCAGGGUUUGGCUACCCGCUACUGUUCCUCCAGCAGCAGCAUUGCCUGCAGCAACAGCACCAGCUGGGGAUGCAGCAGGCACAGCUGCAACUGCCGCAUCAGCAAGGACUGCCACCGGCUGUGGCGGUGGCGGCGGCCGCGCAGCGGCUGGCCGGCGGCGGCGAUGCCGGCGGCGGUGAGCGCGGCCGCCCCCGGCGGCGCAUUAAGCGGCGGCGGUACAAUGACGAGAUAUACGACAGCGAUGAUGAUUACGUGAUGAGUGACUACGAUCCGAAUGACAGUGACUACGCCGCUGGCGGCCGGGGCGCUGUGGCGGGGCGUCUGUCGCUGAGUAGCACGCAUCGAGCGAGCGUCAGCGGCGCCGGGGGAGCCAGCGUUCGCAGCCGCGCCGCCGGGGUAGGCAAGGCGGGGGCUAGCGGCGCCGGCGGUCACAGCAGUGGAAAGGGCAAGAAGGCACCGGCUGGGAAGGGUGUGCAAGGAGGCAAGCCGGCCGCUGGGACCAAAGGUGGCAAGGCUGUUCCUGCUGCUGCAGGAGCUUCAGCGCAGCUGCCGCUGGAUGCAGCCGCUGACAUGACAGCAACGGCCGCGCUAGGCUCUGAGGCGGCGGGAGGAGGCAGAGGCGGAGGCGGAGGCUUUACCAGCAGAGACCUGCCAGCCGCAUCCGGCGCCGCCUCCUCUGUUGGCGGCCUGCUUUCCAACUCUGCUGGCGCACCCGAGGUAACGCCGGCCAAGGCAAGUGCCAGCAGUCACGGUGGCUACGGCCACAGCUACGGCAGCGGCGGUAACAAGCGCGCUCGCUGCACGGGCGGCUGUGGCAGUUCCAACGCGGCGCGCAGCUGCAGCUGGUGUCUGUGCAUGUCGUGUUGCAGCGCUCGAUGCGCCGAGAGCGGCGAGACCUGCAAGUACAAAAAUCAUGCGGAGCGCGCGGUGGAGGCGCGGCGCAUUGGCGCGGGCGCCGCUGCUGCCACUGGUGCUCCCGCGGCGCAGGAGGGUGGCAGAGCGGCGGGACCGCCGGCGAAGCGGCUGCAGGCGCCCCAGCAACAGCAGCAACAGCUCCAGGCAGGCGCUGGCGCAGAGGAAGGUGGUGUUGGCGUGCGGCGACAGCAGCAGGCAGAGGGCGAACAGGACGGGGCGGCGGUCGGGGAGCGGCUUCUGCAACAGCAGCGACAGAAUCUGUCACCGCAGCAGAUGCAGCAACAGGUGGCGCAGGGCCCGGGUCUCGGGGCCCAGCAAGUGCAGCCCUCACCGCUGGCCCUGCCCCUGCCGCAGCAGUUCCACCUCGCCUGGAUGCUGCAGCAACAGCAGCAGCAGCAGCAGCAGUCAUUGAUGCAGCCGCAAUCACAGCUGCAGCUGCAACAGCAGCCGCAGCAGCAGCCACAGGAGCCGUCACUGCAGCCAACGGUGGCGCAUGCGAUGCAGCACCUGCAGCUGAUGCUGCAACAGCAGCCAGGACCGCAGCAGCAGCAGCAGCAGCAGUAACACGCGAGUGCAGCGUUUAGACCGCGAAGGGGUGUGCUGUGCAGGGACAACGGUGCGGUAAGAGAUUGCAUUCACGGCCGCUCGAUAACGCAGGGCAGACCGCGCCGGGCCGCGCUGGGCCGCGCGCACUGCUGGGGUCCACAGUUCGCGAGUGGGCCGGAAGACGGUACUCGACGCGUUGGUCGUGGAGGAGGCCGGUGAAUGAGGAUUGCUGGACGGUUGGCAUGCGUGGUUGGCAUGGUACGGAUCCUUUUGAUGAAGGUGCAGGGACUGAGGGAGGGGACAUUGCUGAAGCUGGACUGUAAGCGAAGGUCGCAACCGGACUGGAAGCGGGAAUGGGCAGCGGCAGCACCAUCCACAACCCAACUUCAAGGUUGUGUGUUAAGGAAGUUGUUGACGUGUGGCGCGGUUGAGCUGGGGACCACCAUAUGACACACCCGACAUGAGUGCACGCGUGUAAAACCCUGGAUCG